CAAAUUCUACCUCUAUGGAAUAGCGACGAACGGACGUCUGGCUAUUUGUUCGGUUUUUGUUAAAUAUUUACUGCUUUAUUAUUAAUUCGGAAAACUCAAAUACUUAUAAAACUGUUAAUAAUAUCAUAGUGAUAAAGUUUAUACCCAUUUUAAAGUCUCAAAUGUGUUUGUAAAUAUGUUGUCGAGAUUUCACCAUUAUCACGGGUCAAAUAUAAUUUUAUUUGAGGAUAAUACAGUUGCGUAUAGGAAAGCAAGUUUUGCUCAUGGAUUGACGUUUAGUGAAAAGCCCCUGUUGCCGGGGGAGAUAUUUUUGGUGGAAAUUGAGAAAACUGAACGAGGAUGGAGUGGUCAUAUGCGACUUGGUCUGACUCUGCUUGAUCCUCAGACGGCUGCGUUAGGUGAUAAAGGAUUACCACAAUACGCAUUACCUGACCUUGCUAACACUGGUAUGUCAUGGAUAUUUCCUAUUUCAAAGUCUCAAAACAAUGUACUUGUGGAACUUGUAACUCAAUCAUCAAGUGGGCGGCGGGAGAAUGAACCGCGCGUUUCCGUGCUGGGUGAGGGUCACGUUGUGAAGACCCCUCGCGGAUAUGUGUCCAAAAUGGCCCUUAGACCACAGACUCUUUCACACAAUGGCACUCCACAGGGCAUCUUGCCAAUGGAUGCAGGUAGCCGGAUUGGAGUUAUGUUUGUUCCAUGUCCUAAAGUGAAUAAGGAUGAGCCAGAUCUAGCAGAGAUGCACUUCAUAAUAAAUGGUGAGGACCAGGGACCCUGUACUAAAGUUAUUCCAUAUACAAGAGGUCCAUUACAUGCAGUUGUUGAUGUUUAUGGGACAACCAAACAAGUGAAAAUAGUCCAACUAUAUGGAGUAAAAACCCUACAAAGUACUUGUAGAGAUGCGAUACUACAGUAUGUGAACAAUGGCUCUAUAAAGGCUCUGCCAUUGCCGUCAUGCUUAAAAGACUUUUUACUUUCAUAGAGAUGGCUUAAAAGCAAAGUGUGAACUGUUUGACAAUAAGGCUGUUACAAUUCUUUUUCGAAAAAUAAUAUCUGAGUGAUAUACUUAUUAUUUAAAUAUACUUAUUGGACGAAGAAAAAAAUUUAAUUAAGUGGCAAUAAAAUACGAAAGAACUUUGCAAGAAUAACAAUAAAAAGAAAACAGUGAAGUGUUAUUUGUGGGCAGUAAAGGUUUUGCGGUUAACUGGAAUGUUCUGUGGAAAGGUAAAAGGUAUUUUAGGUUCUAAUUUACCACUCUGCUUCUCUAUUAGCUUCCUUCUAGAAUCCAUAGACAAGUAGUUAGAUACUCCAUAGUGUUACAAGUUUAUAUAACCAAUAGUUCCUGCUGUUUAUAUCCAAUGUUAAAUUCCUGAACAUGUACAUAUAAUUGGUGUUAUUCUUGACUUAAAAAGACUGAGGACAGCAUUGUUGUCACUGGUUUUUACUUUAGAACAUUUAUAUAAAAAAAAUGAUUUACCUACUGUUGAAUUCGCAAACACUGGUCACACAAUUAAAAAAGUUGUUGAAAUAGCUUUUGAACAUUCAGAUUCAGG